UUGCUAGAGUUCUUUGUUAAAGAAACAAACCUGUACUUCAAAUUGUUUGAUCAAUGGAUUAUACAUACAAUUAAGAUCUUCUCGUGGAAUAUUAAAAAUUUAGUGAACAUCGUAUUAAAACAUUCAUUUUUAUUCACAUCACUUUGUACUAAAUUAAAAUGGCUACCAUACAAGAAGAAGUAAAAAAUUUUAUUCGACGAGCUGUUAUUACAACAGACCCGCAAAAAGCUAUUACGGAAUACUUCUUCUCGAAGCAAAAAGAUCGUGAUAUUAAAAAGUAUCCUGAAUGGGAUAAGCCAAGAGUUUACCCGGCAUUAGAAAUAGUUAGAGCGCGUUGUGAGUUAGCAAAAACCGAAGAGAGAUUACGUGCAAAAUGGGUCGAACAAGAGAAAAAGCGGAAAUUCAUGGACGAGCAAUGGGACGAGAUGAGACAUCAAGAAUUGUUCCUCCGAGAAUCAUUUAUAAAAUUCAACAGAUUCGUGAGGGAAAAUCAAGAAAAACGCGAUCGCGCGGAUAGCAAAAUUAAAGAAGAACGCGAUCGUCAAGCAAAUAGGAUGGAAGAAAUAAAAGAACUCGAAGAAAAAUUAAGUUACAUGAAUGAUGUUCGAGAUAGGAUGAAGAAAUAUGUAAAAGAAUAUAAAAAAUAUCAUGAUUAUUUAGACAGGGUCAUCGUCGAAACAGGCGAAUUUCAUUCAAUUUCUGAGAUUUUCAAUCGUUACGAAACUUUAAUCGAAGCACGAACGAUUUUGUCCGAACAUCAGGAUAAAAAUCUUGAGAUAUUAGAAGAAAGGGGAACAGAAAUGCAUCAUAUGACAGAAGCAAAGUCACAAAAAAUUAUGGGGUUGAAUAGUAAAUUAGCGCAACUACAAGCAAGACGCGAUUGGGCAGAAGUACAAGCUCGUAAAUGGGAAACAAUCGUGGCUGAAAUAAAAGUAACCGCAGCGGAGAAAAAUUUGGAGCACAUGCAAGUAAAAACGUGUUGCUGGAAUCUAUAUCAACAGAUCUGCAAGAGAAAGGAUAUUCCCGUGACUGUAAGCAAAGAUGACGUCGAGCAACAGUUAGAUCAUAUUAAACGAACCAUUCUUGAAUUAAAACGAAUCAUAAGAGUUGCAAAAAAACGCGCAGCGAAAUAAGAGGAUCGUU